AACAGAUCACCUAUGGCACGACGUGGUGCGCAAGGAUAUUGGUGAAAAUAACCGAAUAGUACGGAAUGAAAGGUUUUAAGACGAGUUAAGCAAUGAGGAUGUUGAUAUACCGAGAUAUGAUCGCACAAAGGAGAAAAUGCAUCGGUGACAUCAUGGCCAAAGGCGAUGUAAAGCCUUUUCCCGGCAUCAGCUCUCAAAUAUACUAUUAUAUCAUUUUGUACCCUGCAAAACACCCACUGUUCAUUGGGCCUUUUUCCAUGGGUAAGUAAUCAUCGGUGUGCGCGUAGUGUUGAACCGCGUCAGUGUAAAACUGCGCUGUUCAGUUACUUCCUUGGAGUGCCACGACCAAAACGUUCAUAUCUGAAUGCGUAAAUACAUCCCACAUAAAGGCACUUCUUUAAAUGCGAACCAUCCCUAAAAAUGCUAUAUUUAGACCAGCACUCCCACGAUGAGGUGUAAAACCACCAAACUAUCAAAUCGAUUUUUGAUUGCUGAUAAAAAUUUAUUUUUUCCUUUUUUUACAAAAAUUUAUUUUUGUGUGCCACACCACAAAUAUCCCGUAAAUUCUACGCAACACAGCAAUCCUCCGCUUCUUAUUCAACCGUGUUCAUACGCACCUGCAACGAAACAGAAUAUGCUGCAUGCAAUUGUUGUUUCUAUCAAAUUUGUUUACCAUUUUUACACCAAACAAAUUCUUCAAGGCUUAUCACAACUAACAGUUCAUUUUGUUGCAACUUAUUCAGCCCGUUCUAUGAUUAUACUAAAAAUACGGUCUUUCUGCCGUGCUACCUACCACUAA